AUGGAGGAGGAGGAGCUAGAAAAAUGGUUCACUCAACCUGUUACCGAUUUUGCUCCGUUUGUUGAAUAUGAAUUCGAAGAGCGAGAUUUUCAGCUUUUGAAGAGCGUUGGUCAUCAUGAGGUUCCAUGGAGUCUGAAGGAGUCAUCCAACAAGAGAAUGUUGUUGUUGGUCAGCAAAUGCAGAAGGCACAUAGAGCUUUGGACGAAGAAGUGA